AUGAAAUUAGCCAAGCGUAAGCUGCCGGCUGAUAUCGAGGGCCAGCCCGUCUCCCUCCUCCCGGAGGACCCGGAGGACAUGUGGCAUGCCUAUAAUCUUAUCAGCACCGGCGACAUCAUCCACGGCCACACCAGCCGCAAGGUCGUGCGCAAGAAUGAUGCGACCGACCAAACAUCAGCCGAGCGUGUCCAUCUCGACCUCGCCAUCCGGGUCCGCGGCACCUCUUUCGACCCCAUCACUUCGAUCCUCCGUGUCACGGGUGCCGUCAUCUCGGAGAACGAGCAUGCGCCCCUAGGCUCGCAGCACUCCAUCGAAGUCGAGCCUCACCGAGCCUUCACCAUCAUCAAGCCGGAGCCCGAAGGAUGGGAUUCAGUUGCGACCGAGACCCUCCGCGAGGCGCUCUCCGACGACAAGGAUGGCGCCCUUGCUGCCGUCGUCAUGCAGGAAGGCAUCGCCAACAUCUGUCUCGUGACCCAGUUCCGUACCGUUCUCAAGACCAGGGUGGAGAGUGUCAUCCCCAAGAAGCGUGACACUUCCUCUGACCAGGAAGCCGGCAUGCGACGCUUCUUCGAAAAGGUCCUGGCCUCACUGCAACGUGCCGUCGACUUCUCGCAGUCUCGUCCCCUCCUCCUUGCGAGCCCUGGCUUCGUCGCCAACGACUUUAAGAACUUCAUUGCCGGCAAGGGUCGUGACAAUAGCGACAAGGUGCUCGCCAACGUCGCCAAGCUCGCCACAGUCGUGCAUGCCAACACCGGUCAUAUUCACAGUCUGAAUGAAGUACUGAAGAGCCCCGAGGUUCUGGCCAAGAUGAAGGAUGUGCGGUUCGCCAAGGAGGCUCUUUUGAUGGACAGCUUCUUUGACAUGCUGAAGCUCGACGAUGGCCGGGCGUGGUACGGUUCCAAGGCCGUUGAGAAGGCAGUCGACGAGGGCGCCGUAGGGCCGGGAGGCGGAGCUCUCCUCAUCAACAACUCCCUGUUUCGAAGCCAGAAUCUUGCCGUACGCAAAAAGUACGUCGCGAUUGUAGAUAAGGUCAAGGCGGAUGGGGGAGAGGCGCGCAUUCUCAGCAGUGACCACGAGAGUGGGCAGCGACUAAGUAUGUUGGGAGAUAUCGCAGCAAUUCUCAACUACCCCAUGCACGACCUGGACGAGGACAGCGAGGAAGAGGAGGAAGAGCAAGCAGUUAUACCAAGACAUCACGAGGAUGAUCCGGCUAUAAUGGGAUCCAGACUUCGAAUCGACUCGACGGUUAAGCUCAACUCAGGCUAUCAUAUGCCCAUCUUGGGUUUUGGCGUAUACCAGACCCCUCGAGAAAAUGCCACGGAGAUUUGUACGCUAGCCCUCAACGCCGGCUAUCGUCAUAUGGAUUCCGCCACAGCGUACCGCAACCAAGGACCGUCAGCCGCAUCAAUCCCAGCAUCCGGGCUACCCAGAGAAGACAUCUUCUUCACCACCAAAGUCCCCGUCAAGAAGAAGCCCCUCGGCUACGACACCGUGUGUGCGCUCGUGGACGAUGCCCUGAAGGAAACAGGCCUCACAUACAUUGACCUGAUCCUCAUCCACUGGCCAUACGGCGGCCCUGAGGCUCGCAAGGGCGCGUGGAAAGCCCUCGUCGAGGCCGUGGAGGCGGGCAAGGUACGGUCCAUUGGCGUGUCAAACUACGGCGUGCACCACCUCGCGGAGCUGGAAGGUCACAUCAAGGAGCUGGAGGCCGAGCGGGGCGGCCCAGGAAGAGGAGGUGCCAUCUCGGUUGGACAGUGGGAGCUGCACCCGUGGCUCACGCGACCAGACAUUGUGCAGUGGUGCCGGGAGCGGAACGUUGCCGUCCAGGCGUAUUGUCCCCUUGUGCGCGGGGAGCGCUGGGGAGACGCCAAGGUCGUGGCGAUGAGCAGGAAGUAUGGGAAGACGGAGGCGCAGAUCCUGCUGAGGUGGAGCAUCCAGCGUGGGUACGUGCCGCUCGUGAAGAGCGUGACGCCCUCGCGCAUCGUGGAAAACACGGGGCUCUUUGAUUUUGAGUUGGCGGAUGCCGAGGUGGAGGACAUCAAGACGGAUGAGUACAAGCCCAUUGCUUGGGAUCCCGCCAUGGAGCCGUUAGAAAAGUAA